GGUAUGACAGGCAGAUUUAAUCAAAAAUUUAAAGCUUAUCCAAUUUCUUUCUUACCAAAAGAAAAGCAUUCAUUAGAAUCAGGUGGUAAAAUUUUAUUACCACCAAGCUCAUUAAAUACAUUAAGUAGAUUAAAUAUUCAAUACCCAAUGUUAUUUGAAAUUUCAAAUCCAAUUACAGGCAGAACCUCACAUUGUGGUGUUCUCGAAUUUACUGCUGAAGAGGGUGUUUGUUAUCUCCCAUAUUGGAUGAUGCAAAAUCUUGGUUUAAAUGAAACUGAUUUUAUAGAUAUUAAAAGUGCAACAUUACCAAAAGGUACUUUUGUUAAAAUUCAACCAAGAACUUCAAACUUUUUAGAUAUUUCAAAUCCAAAAGCUGUUCUUGAAAACUCACUUAGAAAAUUUGCAACUUUAACCAAAGAUGAGGAAAUUAUGAUCGAUUAUAAUAACAAUAAAUAUUACUUAAAAGUAGUUGAAAUUAAACCAGCCAAUGCAAUUUCUAUUAUCGAAGCUGAUGUUUCUGUUGAUUUUGCGCCACCAAUGGAUGCAAAAGAAUCACAAAAUCCAACCCCAUCUUCAAGCCAACCAGCUUCAAAAGGUCUUACAUUUGGAUCAGGUUCUAGCGCACCAAAAUUAAUUCCAGGUAAAAAAAAGAAAGAUGAUAGUGAUUCUGACUCUGAUUCAGAUUCAGAGGAACCUAAAUUUAAAGCUUUUGGUGGUUCAGGUGCCAGAUUAGAUGGUAAAAUCAGUUCAAGUCCAAAAACCUCCUCACCAACCUCAACCACUCCAACUAACACCUCAUAUAUGAAUAAAGCAGCACCAAAUAACAAUAAUAAUAAUAAUAGCACUAAUAGUGAUAAUAGUGAUAGAUUUAAGAGUUUCAGUGGUAAAGGAUAUAGUUUAAAAGACUAAAUAUCAUAUAAUCAAAAAAAAUAUUAAAAUGUAAAAAUAAAUGAUGGAGAUCCUUAAUCUUUUUUUUUUUAAUCAUAAACAUCAUAUAUAAAUAAAGCCCUUAUGAUAAAAAUAUUAAUUUACAGAUUUAUCCUUUUAAGUU